AUGAGAGUCGAGAGUCGUAAAUCACGGUCGAGUCGAACCGAGCGCGCGAGCGGAGGGACGCGGGGAACGCGCGGAAUGCGAACCGCCACCGCCAGUGUUGUCGACACCGUGAAGGGUCGACACCGUCGACUCAAGGAGGCGAUCGCGAGUUUCCUUGCUUUUUUUUCCAGACGGCACGGGGGCGAGACGAUCACGCGGAAGCACGGACGCGCGUUCCACGGCGUGCUCGCUGGAUAUCACCCUGGCCCCCUGACCCCGAGUGCCGGCGAACGGACGCGCGGACCGCUCGCGGUGAACGAGUGAAACACAUGGGUCGCGCGACUGAGUGAUACCCUCCACCACUACUGACUACGGACUGUUGCUGUUACUACUGUUGCUGCUGGUGCUGUCGCCCGUCCUCGUAUCGUCGUGUUCGCCGCGUCAAAGUCCUCGCCAGGAACCUCGCCAGAGACGCGCGACGACGCUCGACGCGGACGAUGCGAGCGAAAUAGCGAGCAGAGGCGGAAGGCAGUGUGUGCGUGGGUGGGUGGGUGUCUGCCACAUUCAUGCACCACCGGAUUUCUUGGAGCGCGAACUGUUGCGAUCCAACUGCCCGCUGUCGCCGAUAGCUGUCCGAUAGUAUCAUCCGCUCGCUCUUCAACGAUCCACCAUACGUUGAUUGUCGCUGCACAUUGUAUUUUUUCAGAGUACAAAAAAUUAUAUAUAUAUGUCGCCCCUCUGUCCGGAGCGCUCGUGCGACCCCGAUGAUGACACCGUGAUCGAGCCAGCAACGCUAGGAGAAUGAUCGCGAGGUUCUUCAAAGCUUUGCCAGAGAGUACAUAUAAGGCACGGUUUAUGGUUGAGUAAUAAAAAUUGUGUAUUUGUCAGCCACCAUCAUUCGCUGUGAACCCACGCAACUGUGUCUUGUAUUUAUUUCUGAUGUCUUGCCUAAAUGAUAUGAAUAUCAAUUGCUUGUCAAUGAUACGUGUGCCUCGGACUUUAUAAAUCAUAAAUCUCUUUCUCUUGUUGGAAGAGAGGAGAAGGAAACUUGGAACAUGAGAAUACUUUUCAUCGAAUCUGAGUAUUGCCAUAUUUUAAGCACAUGGAUUUAAUCUUCUGAGCAAAAGACAACAGGAGAUCUGCAAGUCCUGUUAGGUCGAACGCUGAAAAGUUAAAGUAUGAGAAGCCCAGUGGAGGAAAAUGGAUACCGGUAAAGUAUCAGCAUGCGUGAAAAGUCAGCAGAAUGUCAUGCUCACGCAGCUCACGUGAGGGGCACGACAGAGAUGUGCUCGCGUGAUCCGUCUACAUUGCACCCGACCCUUGCCAAGGCAAAUGGUAAAAAUUCAAGUCCCCAGCCAGCUCAUCACACGGAAGCACGUAUCGAUAAUAACUUGCCACCGACUCCAGGAGGCCGCUUGAAAUUCUUUAAAGAUGGAAAAUUUAUCUUGGAGCUGUCUCAUCGCAGGGAUGGAGAGAAGACUACAUGGUUUCCUGUGCCAAAGAAGACUUUUUGGCCACCUGCUAGCACUAUUCCAAAUCGGCAGGAGAGCUCUACUUCCCUUAGUGUUUCCGAUGAUAAUUCGUCGAUCCAGUCGAGUCCUUGGCAGAGAGAUCACUGCUGGAAACAGACUCAUCCCCGACGCAGGAUAACAACGGAAUUUAAUUUUUACUAUCGCCGAAAUCCGAAGACUCGCCUAUGCGCGCAUCCUCGUUUAAUAGCAAAGAAACGCAGACGUCCAUUAGAUCCUACAACUGCAAUUCUCGUUCCGGAAUCAAUGACGGCUUAUCCGACGAAAGUAUCUCGGAAAUUGAUGAACGGCACAUCAUCAUUGGGCACGUCGUCAUCGAGCACGUCAUUAUCGGGCAUGUCAUCAUCGAGCACGUCAUCAUCGGGCAAGGUUCUGGGUGUGAUCAUCGAUAAACUGUCACGUCUGCUGGAUCCUAAUGUUGUAUCGCCUCGCAAACGAAUACUUCGAGAGUUGGAGAGAGUCUCGCUAGAGGAUCAGGCAUCCAAGAGACGAGCUACUCCGCAACCAGUUUGCACGACAAGUGCGCCGCCGACUCCCUCCGCGAAACAGUUGUCAUCGUAUAGUAUAACGAGUAUCCUGGGAGAGGACAAACCGAGUUCCGAACCAGGCUUCUUGAGAACAUUGCUGAAGCCAGAUAACCGGCAGCCUGUAAAAUACUCAUCGACCAACACUUAUCCGAGGGUACGAAUCGAUCCUUACAUUGGGUCUAGCAAUACAUCCGUUCAUCAUUCGCUCUAUGGAUUACCGAUGUUGCCUCCUGGACCAUAUAGAGCGGCGCCUCUAUGGAUGGCACCCCAUUAUCCGUCUCCCGUCCACUAUCCGCCUCCUAUGCAAUUGUAUGCACCGCCACAUCCUCAUCCAUCAUCCCCACAUUAUAAAGACUACAGGGAACAAACUCUCACACCUCCUUCAGAUAUGCCUCUGAAUCUGUCGAAGCAUGCGGGUUGAAUCUCAGGAUCCCAAUAGAGUUGGUGCCUUAUCGAUGGAUGAAACACUAUGCAAACACUGCCCGUGCAACGACAAUGCGAUAUAUUAGUAUUUUUUUAUUCAUAAAACAAUAGUAUCUUCUUAGUAAGUAGAAGUAUGACGAGAAGCCAGAUAGUUGGAUUCUGGGAGAGCUACUUGUAUAUACAAAUGCAUAAAUUGUCGAUGGCGGCAUAGUUAUUUUAUAUUAAUAUUGCAAGAUUUUAAAAAAGAGCAAAUUAUGAGUGGUAUAAUAAACAAAAAGACAUUAUGGGAAAAAUGCCACUCUACUAUGUGUGUGUAUAUGUUACACAUAUUUUUACCAUACGCGACUUGUGAAUGAAGAAAGAAAAAAAAAAGAAAAAAAGAUUAAAGGAAUCGACGCGCGAAUUUUUAUUAUUUAAAACAAUCGUAAAUCUAUAUAUUAUCAAUAUGAAAAUGUAUUAGCGAACGAAUGUGCUAGUGAUAUUGUAUUCGUAUAUUUUAAUAAUUCUUUUGUUUUUCGACGUUACUACUCAUUUUAUUUUAUACAUUGCGACAAAGAAGGAUGUGCACAUAUAAACCUGUGCACGCGCACAUCUGUGCAUCUCAUUUAUGCAUUUUCCCGUUAUUCUUAUAAUGUUACUGUCAUUAUAUUACCAUUAAUAAAAAUGGUAUAUUAUCUAUAUUAUGUAAAAGAAUCGAUAAGAAAGACAUAGGAUUAUGUACAGAACAGAUUAUUAUAUUGCCUAUAUAUCUAGCAUAUUAAUUAUUCUUAAAAAUAGAAACGCAUAAUAAAAAUUUAGGCUCUAAUAGAAUAUCCACACAACAGUAUACAGUUAUUUAUAUGAUAAUGCGGAGAGAGUACACAAAAUUACUUUAGUAAAGACCGUGGGGUUGUGCCUUACAAAUAAUUAUCCAAAUUCCAUGAAAUUAAAUUAUAAAUAUUCUUACAAAUGUAUGUAAAAA